GGAUGGCGCUGAAGCGAGGGUUAUCGGGAGUUCACCGGAUUAAAGGAGGUGGUGGUGGAUCUCGAUCUGUCCUUGUGCUCAUCGUCUUUUUCUGUGUUUUUGCACCUCUUGUCUUCUUUGUUGGCCGAGGAGUAUACAUUGAUUCCUCAAACGAUUAUUCAAAUGCUUCUGUGAAGCAGAAUCUUGACUGGAGAGAACGCUUAGCAAUGCAAUCUGUUAGAUCUCUUUUCUCAAAAGAGGUACUAGAUGUUAUCACAACUAGCACAGCUGAUUUGGGUCCUUUUAGCCUCGAUUCUUUCAAGAAAAACAAUUUGUCAGCAUCAUGGCGAGGAACCGGAGUAGAUGCCUCCUUUAGAAAUUCUGAGAAUCAAACAACUCUUGAUGUUAAACCUAGUAUCAUGAAUGCAAAACGUGACAGUACUUCAAAAGAUGGUAGCCAUCAGAAAGUUGAGACACCUGCAAAGUUUUACAGAAGGCAACUAAGAGAGAAAAGGCGUGAGAUGCGGGCAAAUGAGUUGGUCCAGCACAAUGAUGACACGAUUUUGAAGCUUGAAAAUGCGGCCAUCGAACGCUCCAAGUCUGUUGAUUCUGCAGUCCUUGGAAAAUACAGUAUUUGGAGAAGAGAAAAUGAGAAUGACAACUCCGAUUCAAAUAUACGCUUGAUGAGGGACCAAGUAAUCAUGGCUAGAGUCUAUAGUGGUAUUGCAAAACUGAAAAACAAGAAUGAUUUGCUACAAGAACUCCAGGCCCGACUAAAGGACAGCCAACGCGUUUUAGGGGAAUCAACAUCUGAUGCUGAUCUUCCUCGGAGAGAUGCUUUCUACUACCUAGCAGCAAAAACAAUUCCAAAUCCUAUCCAUUGCCUCUCAAUGCGCUUGACCAUCGAUUACUAUCUUCUUUCUCCGGAGAAACGAAAGUUCCCUCGCAGUGAAAACCUAGAAAACCCAAAUCUUUAUCAUUAUGCCCUCUUCUCUGACAAUGUAUUAGCUGCAUCAGUGGUUGUUAACUCAACCAUCAUGAAUGCCAAGGAUCCUUCGAAGCAUGUUUUUCACCUUGUAACUGAUAAGCUCAAUUUCGGAGCAAUGAACAUGUGGUUCCUCCUAAACCCACCUGGAAAGGCAACCAUACACGUGGAGAACGUGGACGAGUUUAAGUGGCUCAAUUCAUCCUAUUGCCCUGUUCUUCGUCAGCUUGAAUCUGCAGCAAUGAGGGAAUACUACUUCAAAGCAGAUCAUCCAACUUCAGGCUCCUCGAAUCUCAAAUACAGAAACCCAAAGUAUCUGUCCAUGUUGAAUCACUUGAGAUUCUACCUCCCUGAGGUUUAUCCCAAGCUGAACAAAAUCCUGUUCUUGGACGACGACAUCAUUGUUCAGAAAGACUUGACUCCACUAUGGGAAGUCAACCUGAACGGCAAGGUCAACGGUGCAGUCGAAACCUGUGGGGAGAGUUUCCACAGGUUCGACAAGUAUCUCAACUUUUCGAAUCCUCACAUCGCAAGGAACUUCAAUCCAAACGCUUGUGGAUGGGCUUAUGGGAUGAACAUGUUCGACCUAAAGGAAUGGAAGAAGAGAGACAUCACUGGUAUCUACCACAAGUGGCAAAACAUGAAUGAGAACAGGACACUAUGGAAGCUAGGGACGCUACCACCAGGAUUAAUAACAUUUUACGGACUAACGCAUCCUUUAAACAAGGCGUGGCACGUGCUGGGACUUGGAUAUAACCCGAGUAUUGACAAGAAAGACAUAGAGAAUGCAGCAGUGGUUCACUAUAAUGGGAACAUGAAACCGUGGUUGGAGUUGGCUAUGUCCAAGUAUCGACCGUAUUGGACCAAGUACAUCAAGUUUGAUCACCCAUAUCUUCGUCGAUGCAACCUUCAUGAA